UCCGUGCACAAUAUUGUUAGUUGCUUUUCUCAUAAGAUUUUAUCAAUGAUCGUUAUUGACGUUUCUAACCUGAAUUUGACAUUUGACGUAAAAAUCCUAAUACUACAAAAGGGGUGUUUCCUUAUCGAACAACACUUUGAAAUUUAUUAAAAACUCAAAAAAAUAUGGAUGCUUUUGGCGAUAAUUUUGUUGAGUCAACAGAAGUAGAUCCAGCGGCAGAAUUUUUAGCCCGAGAACAAAAUGAACUUGCAGGACUCGAGGUUGAAAUUCCUCCAAUGACAAAUGUUGCUCCUGUUUCUAUUGACGAUGAACCAGAACUAGAACUAGAACCUGAACUCGAACCGGAAGUACCAGCACCGCCUCCACCAAUGAAAGAAGAACCGGAAAAAAUUAAAAAGUGGAGAGAAGAGCAAAAAGCAAGAUUAGAAGAGAAAGACGCCGAAGAGGAGAAAAAGAAACAAGAAUGGAAGGAAGUCGCAAAGAAAGAAUUGGAAGAAUGGUAUAAACAUCAUGUUGAGACGAUUAGUAAAACGAAAGCUACCAACAGGGAGUCAGCCAAAAAUGCAGAGAAACAAUUUGUUGCCGAGGCUGACGAAGUUGAGCCUGGAACUGAAUGGGAAAGGAUCGCCAAACUUUGUGAUUUCAAUCCAAAAUCUUCAAGGACCUCAAAAGAUGUUUCCAGAAUGCGCUCCAUUAUUUUGCAACUCAAGCAAAAUCCACCAUCUGCCAUCAAUUGUUGAUUCUGGAAUUGUAAACUUUUCACAAUUCUCCAUAUAAAUAUAAAAUUUAAAGAAAAACCCAACUAGAGAUGAAAAAAAAAAAAAAAUUAUUUGCAAUGAAGGAAAAAUGGAGAAUAAUCUUAUCGAAGAGAUAAUUUUUCCAAGAUUCCCAUUUGGUAAAUAUCGCAAUAUUACGAAAGAAAUGUCACUAAUAAAUGAUAUAAAUAUCAUUAAAUGUGUAAUCGAAAAAAAAAUAGUUGCACAUCAAUUUCGUAAUUUUGUUUGGAAAGAAUUUAUUGUAUAUCGGGAGAGAUGAAGAUUUUUUUUUUGUUUUUAAUUUUCGAUUAGUGUGACAAGUUUAAAAAAAAAUAGGUUUACAUGUAUUGCUUAUUAUUAUUAUUAUUAUUAUUAGCGUCAAUCAUUAGCGAAUUUCAAUUAUUUUAUAUAAAUAUAGCAAAUUGUAUUUGAAAGAAAAUUGUCUUAUUAUUGCAUUCCAUGAAUUGUUUAGAUUUUCGAGAGGUUGACUAUAUAUUUUUUUUUUCUAUACUGCUUCAUUAUUUUGAAAACGUAUCUCGAAUCUACGUGUAUAUUAUUGUAGAAGUUGAUUCUGUCCGUUGAUUAACAAUAAAUAAUUUAAUGCGAAAUAAAA